GCAGAGAGCCAUCUGAAAGCAAUGUUCAUAUCCAUAUAAGGAUAACAACACCUGCCACGUGUCUCGGGGAAGGCAAUGAUGUUUUUAAAUGGCUUUCUCGACUCAGCGUGAUAUUUAUUUUUAAAAAAAAUCGGAUGCGCUUGUUGGCAUUUGGAUAACGGGAAAAAUUCAUCUUUCAUCUUCGAAAGCGAAGAUCGUCGAAGGACUCUACUGUAUAAUUUUUUUUUUUCUGAAUUUCACGUGUUUCAUUCAAAUUGAUUACCAGAAUCGAAAGUGUGUGUUCCUCAGACAUAAAAACCAUCAGACAAAGUAAUGGAUUUGAAAGAAACAGAUAGAUAUCUCCGCCAGCCACGAAUUAACUACGAAGAAAAUCUUUACAAGCGAAUGGAUGAUUUUCGUCGGCAGGAGAUAUUGUGCGACACAAUUCUUCAAGUGGACGGGCAAGAAUUUCCAGCCCACAAAAACGUCUUAGCGGCAUGUAGCGAGUAUUUCCUUGGUUUGUUUACAUCCGACAUGAAAGAAAAACAUCAACUUGAAGUCAAACUCGAAGGAUUUCGAGCCUUUGUGAUGAAUGAUCUGCUCCAUUACAUAUAUACGGGAGAAGUUGAAAUAACCGAUGAGAAUGUCAAAGAACUGGUUUUCGCUGCUGAUUACCUGUUAAUAACAAGCUUAAAGGAUAAAGGGAGUGAGUACUUAGAAGGAAUUUUAAAUCCUUCAAAUUGUCUGUCAAUGAGAGCGUUUUCAGAGAAAUUUGACUGUGAAGAACUCAUGGACAAGUCUGAGAGCUUUAUUCUUGAGAACUUCGUGGCUGUUUCGAAAUCGGAGGAAUUCCUGCAUCUUUGCCUCUCUGAGAUUGAGAAGCUUAUCACUUUAGACGACGUUAUUGUGGAGACGGAGGAACAGGUGUACGAAGCGGUCGUUUCGUGGGUCAAACAUGACGUGAAUAACAGGAGAGAGAAUUUCCCGCGGUUGCUCUCUCAGGUUCGCUUGGGUUGCAUGUCAAAAUAUUACAUAGCAGAAUAUGUUGAAAAGGAAGAACUGGUAACCAAUAACCUUGAGUGCACCAAGCUUCUUUACGAAGCCAUGAAGUCAUAUGCAUUACAUGGACCUCAGCGACAGCCAAUCAGGGAUAUCUGCAAGAUGCGGAAAUGUUUGGAUUCCAAUGUAGAUGCCAUCAUUACGAUCUGGGGACCUGGAGACGAAUUGCGUUCCUCAACUCAGUGUUACGUGCCUUCUGUCAAUCAGUGGUACAAUUUGGCGCCAAUGUUAAUCCCGCGCUUCAGUCACGGCGCUGUGGCAUGCGAGGGGUUUAUUUUCACAGUAGGAGGAGUCUCCCUGAAUGGGCAUCUGUCAAGCAUGGAGAGAUAUGACUACAGAACUAACACAUGGGCAGGAGUAGCACCGAUGGCUAAGGAAAUCUCUGCUCUUGGUGUGGCUGAACUAAAUGGUUCUUUAUACGCAGUAGGUGGCUGGCACAGAGGAAGACCGCUUAACACCGUUUUGAGGUACUAUCCGAACUCGAACAUCUGGGAAGCGGUCGCCCCAAUGACAUCAAACAGAGGUGGUCCAUGUGUAGUAUCUGAUAAAUACCUUUACGCCAUCGGUGGAAAAACAGAAAACGAUAAUGCCAAUGACCCGUUCAAGUACCUGAGUACGGUUGAAAAAUAUGAUCCCAGAACAAACACCUGGACCAUGACCACACCCAUGCAGGUCCGUAGAGCAUACGCAUGCGGAGUAGCUGUUGGAGGAAACCUUUACGUAGUAGGGGGAACCCAAGAUGAUUUGUACUCGUCGCACAGCUCUUGUGAGGCUUUUGACAUAGAGAAUAACACCUGGACAUACAUAGCUAAUCUGUGCAUAUCAAGAGCGCUGGCAGGGAUAGCUUUCGUAGGAAAUCAUAUCUACGUCCUCGGAGGAAAGAAAAAUUCCCGCGAAAGAACAGACAAAGUAGAAUUUUACGAUAUCGAUCUUGACGUGUGGAAGGUUGUAGGGUCGGUACCUAACUGUAUGGGUGGGAUACAGUGCUCAGCUGUUUCUCUUUCCACCCAAUUUCUCAACUCUCUGACAAAGAUUACUUAAAAUUUUUUUUUCCUUAUCAGUACAUGUAAGAUUGACAGGCUUUCGUUUGAACGCCACAAUGUCCCAAUUCAUCUCUAAUUUUCGAACUUUUUUUUGAGAUUAACCCUUUUUUUUAAACGCGCAGUGCAUACGAAGGCGUGGGCAUAACGUUGGAUUCAAUUUCUAUGAGCUGUUGAUUUUGAGGACUGAACGACUUAGCAGUUUUUACUUGUCGUCGUUUUGAACUUGGAGCCUUAGUCCUUUUCGUGAAAAAUUCGAACAUUUUGGCAAAAGAUUUUUCGAAACUUUAAAAACAUAGCAGAUUGAUUUCUCUUUAUGUAUGGGCCUCAAAUAUAAUUAGCACAGGAUGAUUGUAAUGACCGUGAUUAUAGAAGAAGUUAGAUAUUAUUGUUAAGCUCAGAAAUCUGUAUAUAAGAGCAUAUAUGUACAUAAGCAUGGAGUGUGUCCAAACAACAAGUCAAUGAGUAAAAUUCGAUAGUUGACUUUCUAUGGCAAGGCAUAUAGUAAGAUAAAAACAGAUGAGAUGUAUGUAAAAAACGACAGAGGAACAACUAUCUUUUAAAAUAUCUACAAAAUAAAUAGGGCGAUGUGAACGUUACCUAAUAAAAAAUGAAUUAGAUUCAG